ACCAGGGCAGCCAGGCUUGGCAGCAGUGUUGGAGAAGAAGCUAGCAGGCAGCAGGGACAUGGAGCUGGCCUCAGCACAUCUCCAAAAAGGGCANAUGCCCUGGGGAGGACUACUGCUCACAGCCUUACUUUUAGCCUCCUGGAGCCCUGUCACCACUGCCCAAGUCACCAUUGAGGCUGUGCCGCCCAACGUUGCUGAAGACAAGGACGUUCUUCUACUUGUUCACAAUCUGCCGCAGGCACUCGGAGCCUUUUCCUGGUACAAGGGAACCACUCUGGAUACAAACAAUGAAAUUGCACGAUUUAUACCAUCCAAUAAUAGGAAUGUAACAGGGAAUGCACACAGCGGCAGAGAGACAAUAUACAGCAAUGGAUCCCUGCUCUUCCAAAGGGUCACUAAGAAUGAUGAAGGAGUCUACACACUAGAAAUGACAGAUCAAAACUAUGGUCGUACUCAGGAAUCUGUGCGAUUUUAUGUACACCCCCUAUUACUAAAGCCCAACAUCACAAGCAACAACUCCAGCCCAGUGGAGGGUGACGACUCCGUAUCAUUAACCUGUGGCUCUUACACUGACCCUCAUAAUAUAACCUACCUGUGGAGCAGAAAUGGUGAAAGCCUUUCAGAAGGUGACAGGCUGAAGCUGUCUGAGGGCAACAGGACUCUCACUUUACUCAAUGUCACGAGGAAUGACACAGGACCCUAUGAGUGUGAAACCCGGAACCCAGUGAGUGCCAACCGAAGUGACCCAUUCAGCCUGAACAUUAUCUAUGGUCCGGACACCCCGAUUAUAUCCCCCCCAGAUAUUUAUUUGAAUCCAGGGUCAAACCUCAACCUCUCCUGCCAUGCAGCCUCUAACCCACCUGCACAGUACCUCUGGCUUAUCAAUGAGAAGCCCCAUGCAUCCUCCCAAGAGCUCUUUAUCCCCAACAUCACUACUAAUAAUAGCGGAACCUAUACCUGCUUCGUCAAUAACUCUGUCACUGGCCUCAGUAGGACCACAGACAAGAACAUUACAGUCCUUGAGCAAGUGACUCAGCCCUCCCUCCAAGUCACCAACACCACAAUCAAAGAACUCGAGUCUGUGACCCUGACCUGCUUGUCGAAUGACAUUGGAGUCGACAUCCGUUGGCUCUUCAACAGCCAGAGUCUUCAGCUCACAGAGAGGAUGACCCUCUCCCAGAACAACAGCAUCCUCAGAAUAGACCCUGUUAAGAGGGAAGAUGCCGGGGAGUAUCAGUGUGAGAGCUCCAAUCCAGUCAGCCUCAAGAGGAGCAACCCAAUCAAACUGGACAUAAUAUUUGACCCAACAGUUGACCCAACACAAGGGGGCCUCUCAGAUGGCGCCAUUGCUGGCAUCGUGAUUGGAGCUGUGGCUGGGGUGGCCCUAAUAGCAGCGCUGGCGUAUUUCCUCUAUUCCAGGAAGUCUGGCGGGGGAAGUGACCAGCGAGAUCUCACAGAGCACAAACCCUCAGCCUCCAACCACAAUCUGGCUCCUUCUGACAACUCUAACAAGGUGGAUGAUGUCGCAUACACGGUCCUGAACUUCAAUGCCCAGCCACCCAACCAGCCAACUUCAGCCCCUUCAUCUCCAAGAGCCACAGAAACAGUUUAUUCAGAAGUAAAAAAGAAGUGAGCAUAGUCUGUCCGUCUGUCCUGCUGGCUGCACCAGUGAUGCAUUCCCAGAUUCUCUCCCUCACUGGAGGGUCUCUGCACACACACACACACACACACACACACACACACACACACACACACAGAGGCAUUCACUCUAUUGACUCCUUCAGUGUCCAUAGAAGAACAGGUGGAUUCUGGAGCCUAUAGAAAACUCAACCCUUCUAGGCAUUAAGAUUUGGCUGAGAGUGAGGUACCAAAAUUUCCCACCCUCUCACUUUCCUGAUCCAGAUUGUUUUCAAUUGACCUAUUCAGAGUACAUUUAUUCCCCCUCCCAACUCCAAGUCCUGCCCUGUCAGAGUCUGACUUGAAUUUCCAUAAACUUUGGAGGUCACAUAAGUGCUUAUGCCAACAAAACAAAACAAAACAAAACAAAACAAAACAGAAGCAGGAAAUGGCCAGUCCUAUCUCUUUAAAGGCUGAUGCGAAGCCACCACGCAUGAGAAGAUCGAACCUCCAUGGGCAAUCUACACACCUGACAAGUGUCGUGCUUACCCAUCUGCAGCAUUCGAGUCUCUGAACCUUGUGUCCUCACACCUGAGCCCUUCUCUGAGCCUUUCUCCAGAAAACCCACUCAGAGCAACUAGAAAGGCUCUUUGUCAGCAACCGCAAGCAAACUGCUAGGCAGGAUUCAGAAGAAAAGACAGCAUCUCUAACAUCCUCCAGGAAGGUGCCCAGAAAAGCAGAGCUGGUGACUUUGGACUGACAGACAUCUGGGAUGUGAAAAAGCAGCAGAGAGAUACCCUUCAUAGAGUGUUGAAAUUAUUUUAAAAGAAGCCAUAUGUGGAGGUAUUGGAGUUUUCCUCUUUCUAAGACAAUCCACUAUUUGAAAAUUGUAGCGACUGACUUGCCUCUCACUAUGCCAGCUGAUCACUUUGCCUUAGGGCCACUAGAUUUCUGUCUCUCUUGGCCCCUCAAGCCCUUUUGAUCAUGAGUUCCAAGCCAAAAAUAAAUAAAUGAACAGCAAGGCAGUCCCUUGCAGAACCACUGUCAUGGGUCAGGCUAAGCCUCCUCCUUUUCUGAAUUAGUCACAAAAAGCCUUGUUUUCCCUUUUUCCAUCUUUUUAUCCUGUCUUUCGGAUACUGGACAGUCUAUCUCUGAGAUCUCCAGCUUGUCUGCCUUCUUGUGUUUUUUUUUUUAAACUCUAACAAAAACUGUUCUCACCUUCAAAAACUAAAAUAGAAACAAGCGUUCCACAUCCACACCAAAGGGGACCCAAAUUGGUUUCUGGAAACCCAGGACCAGCCUCCAGCUGCCCUUCUGCGGUGUUUCUGCCUUUGUUUCCCCUUUCUUUUUGACUUUUUUCCUUCUUUUGAGACAGAGUUUCAGCAUGUACCUUGUGCAGGUUUCAAUCCCACAAUAACGCCUUCUGCAGCCCCCCACCUGCUGAGACUGCAGCCCAGGCCACCAGGCCUGGCUCCCUGCACAUUCUGUCUGCCCUGCACUCUCAGGAAACCUUGGCCUCUGCUACUGUCUGUUUGGCUCAUGUGAAGUGUGCCCUUAAAGGAACGCAGUCACUCAUGCCAGAGGCAUUGUUUACAGCCUGGAAUGCUCUGCACUUCCAGUGGAUCAGUGCUCUACCGGAAGUGGGCUGUUAGCGGGGUCCUCUUCCCAGGCCCUGGCCUUUCUGAAGCCUCUGAAUCCUGCCUUCUCUACCAGGGCACCAGGGAUGAAUGCAGCAGCAGGAGGAAAGGCAAAUGUCGCCUCAGGAACCUUCUGUGCUAAGGCACACCCUCUGUGCCUGUUAAGCAAAGGUUGUAUUGGAUAUCAAGUAUUUGGUCUCAUGCCAAGCCUAACAGGCUUUGAAGAGAAUUGAUUAGUUCUCCUACUCAGGGAUUUCUUUCAGUCCUAACACACCCUGCGUAUAUUUUGCUUCACCCACGCAAUGCUGGGUUAUUUAAUUUUGCCUGGCUAAAGCCAAAUCUGAGUUACAUGUAAAUUUGCACUAUGUUC